GUUGACGUUCUCCCCAGCCGCCUCCAAGUGCGUGGUACAGUUCGAGCCUGUAACACCGGCGUCACCCGGGACCUUAGGUCGCAGGGAAGACUUCGGUCUCGCCCUCCUGCCUAUGCUAAGAGCUGCUUCUCCCCCAUCCCACCCCUUCAAAGUCCUGUCGUGUGCACAGCGCACAUACCCAUCCCUCGCACAUACAGUCACUUCCAACCCCAGUCAAACUCCUAACCCUUUCCCAGUUUUUCCCCCAACCCCUCCACAAUCCAACUCCACUCCUUACCGUGAUCCUUGUGACUAAGUGGUUGCGGGCCCGUCCAUCACUUAUUCUCUGAUGAUGGCGGGUAGGAGUAAACAGUCACCUGCGCUAGGACCUGCGCAGUCGAGCGCCGUAAGUGGGGAUGAAGGAAUCCUGGGGGGUUGAGCCAAGCGGCGCUGGCGGUAAUGCGUCCGUGCGGCAACACGCCCCCUUUGGUCUGGAUUUCACGCGAAACGGUUGCCCUACCUUAGAGCCAUGGGUUAGGGAAAUGGCCAAUCGUGUCCCGUCAGAGGGCCACAGGCGAGGGACGUGGGGUCCGCGAAAGCCGUCCUUGGGCGGCCGUAGCGGUGGUGAAGGUCAUGCUGACGGUGCAAGUGAAGGUUGGAAGUCGGGACUUUCUGCUCCAGACUCCAGCCUGAUCGAGUGCCCGAUGUCGCACUGUAAGCCAGCCUCGCGUUCCUAUAUCUACCGGGUAGUCCUAGCGUGCCUACCUUCAGUAGGGCGCUCCCAGUUGCGGGCUCCAUGGAGGGUGGGAGCUCGGUAGAUGAAACUAAAAUAAUCAAAAAUAUGGAUAACACUAAAAUAAAUUUUACCGGCGUAAGGGUGGAGUCAGCGAAAGCCGACGACACUCCUACGACCUGCGCGAACACCGCGCAUUCUGCCCCCGUGGGCAAAUGCGACAAAGGUCCAGGCAUGGCGAGAACCGUGCCGAAGACCAAACGUCAAAGCAGGAGGAAGGGACCAGGUAAAGCUGGUACCGACUCCACAAACAGGGCGAGGGUUAUAGGUACGGGUAAAACCAGUACCGACCCAAGCACCCCCGUGACGGUUCCGUCGGCGGCUCACCCCCUCGGCGGUCCUCACAUAACACAGCACACCGAGCAAAUUGCUCCACAUGCCGGCACCUCCGGGCCAUCUGCCUCCGUCAACGCGGAUACGGUAACCCGGACUGAGGACUACUUCUCCUCCGCAUGGCAGGUGCAAAAACGCAAGGGCAAGGGGAAACAAACUCCACAACCCCAACGCCCUAACCAAAACCAACAUGGCGUGAGCUCCAAGAAGAGGAAGAUCAACCCACGCCAGCGCAGGCGAGCGCGCAUGAACGCGAACGCCGCGCCCGACACACCAGCUCUACCCGCUGCCCCAACCUCCGGCCAGCCAUGCUUCUGUGCCGGUGGGCGUACACAGGCCCAGGCAGGCGAAAGCCGACCUGGACCGAGUGGUCGUCCGCCGGGCGCGGGGGCCAGCAGGCCGGUGAAGGAAGGGGACGAAACAAUAAGCCCUGCAGGUGAGGUACAGACAGCUGCCAAACGCGCUCUGAACGAGACACUUUCGCCCCGUGGGAAGCGCAAACGACAGUGCCUGGACCCGUCCAAGCGGGCCACUCCUCGGGUAAGCUACGCUCAAGCAACCAAGGAGUCCCUGUGCAUCGCAGUUACAUGCGGCCACACCGGGAUCCUAACAAAGGACGUAGCGGACACGAUACUGACGGGGAUACAGAAGACCAUCCUAAAGGAGGCAUGGUCCCCGAACAACAAACAACCGGGGCCAGCUUUUAAUGGUAAGCCGGUUUACACAGAAGGCGUCCUGAAGCUGUGGUGCUCCAACGACCACACUUUGACAUGGCUUCAAAAAACCAUCGCCGACUUGGCCCUUUCAACCGGCCACCAGCUGAUCAUCAAGAGCCAGUCGGAAAUUACACGAAGGAUCAGGUGUGGCAUCCUGAUCCCUAAUGAACAGGGGGCCAUCACCGACUCGCGAGACAUCGGGCGGAUUCUGGCAUACCAGAACCCGCAGAUCGCGGUCGACAGGUGGGUGCUCCAAAGACAGGAGAAGCAGCAAGGCGCCAGCUUUGUGGUGGUGGGAAUCCCGGAGGAACAAAUCGCGACCCUGAUGAAGUCCGGGCGCCGCCUCGCCUUCGGGCUGGGUGCGGUGUACGUGAAAUUCCAGGGUCACAACGGCAAGUUUGCCGAUACUCCGCCGGGAUGGGACCCCGCCACUUUCACCAUCCAGAAACAGCCUGGCACAAGUACCACGACCAGCGAGGGCGCUGGCCCCACCGAGGGCCCUGCGGUGCCCGUACCCGCAACCGUCCCCUCACAGGACGACGACCCGGAAGAAGCCCUUCUGACGGGUUCAGACCUGGAGGGGGACGAAGUCGAGUCCGGGGACCUGCUGGCCGGGCUACAGCUUGGAGGAGACGAGGAGGGCGCAAUCUGCGAUGGCGUCCCCUUCUUCGUCGACAAUUAAAAUCCUCCAAGCAAACCUCCACCACAGCCAAACCGCGACGGCUCAGCUGCGCAAAUGGUUGGAGGUUCAACACACGGCCAUUGCCCUAAUCCAGGAGCCGUGGGUCAGGGCCGGCCAAAUCAGAGGACUCUCCAAUCUUGGAGAGACCAAUCUGCCAUCUCAAUACAGCAACCUGCUUUAAACAUGGAGAUCACCCUCGCCUCGGUAUACAUGCCCGAAGCAGAGGAGCCUCCUCCCUACGACCUCGCCCGCCUGGUGAAUCACUGCGAGAGAGAAGGGAAGGAAGUGAUUAUCGGUACUGACUCCAACGCACACCACCCUUUGUGGGGAAUGGAUACACACAACGAUAGGGGUAAGACCUUAUUUGAUUACUUAUUCACAACCAACCUAUCACUAAUAAACACUGGAUCAGAACCAACUUUCGUCACUAGACGAAGUCAAACAAUUAUAGACCUGACUCUCGCAUCAGAGAGCGUAGCGGAGCUAAUCACAGGAUGGCAUGUCUCUAAGGAGGCAUCUUGCUCAGA